GUACACUGAAAUUCGAUAUACUCCCCACUUCUAAAAUCAAAAGCCAUGCCUAAGAAUAUAAAAAUCGUUGGCAACUGUCCGCUGUGCAAACGUGAGGUAUGCGAGGAUUUUCGGCCUAUACACGCGUUUAGUGAAUUGGAGGAUUGCCCUACUGUAAUGGAACUGUUCAACCGUAUAAGAGAACAGAAAGUAUUUGAAGAUGCCUCAAAUAAAUCGGAAAGUAUUCCAAACGCAGCUGCGUCGGAGGAAGCGCAUAAUAGCGUUAAUGCAGCAAAUGGUGAGCCACGUGCUAAUAUGACCGAUACCAUAUUGAACAUGGUCGCUGAGGAGUUUGAAGGACCACCGGACGCAAAAUGUGCAAUUUCAGAUAGUAAUGCAACUGCCAUUAUGGCUUUAUUGGAGGAAGAAAAGGUAUUGUUCCAUAAAAUGGGUGCAAAAUCCGAGCUUUUCAAAUGUUUCUCCCGUUAUGGGUGUGGUGAUCGACCUUUUUAAGCCGCUGCCGAUGAAACAUCCAAUCAAAAUUCUCAGUUAAAAGCUGAUACUUGAUAUGCCGACUUAUUCGUUAAAUAUAUUUUGCGACCUUCUCCUUCA